AUGUCCGGUAUCUGCUUAUCGACAGAAAGCUGGGGACAAAAGGCUGAGGUUAACCCCUUCACGACCAACAAUGCGCCCGCAGGCGAGUACGAGAAGGUGACCACCGGGACUCUUGCUGUGCUCGGUGUUGGUCCCGUGUUCGUCGUCCUCUUCUACCUGAAAACCGGGAGUACCCUCAAAAACUACCUCAUCAGGACCGUGAUCAUGGUCAGCUUUACGACGGAGAGGAUGAAGAACAUCCCGGGCAACACCCAGAAGGAGGAUGGACAACUUAAAGAUCACCACGAUCGACGUCGACAUCAAGAAUCUCUGCGUGGAGGCGACUAUGGUGUCUGGGGAUCCGAGGACACCGAGGCCAUCUUUGGCCAGAUCUCCUCCACUAACUUCGUCCGCGCCAUUCCCCCUCUACUGAACUCCUCCCUACCUUUCGACCAACUCCGCACUGCCAUCAACCGCAUGUCGGGAAAUGCCUUUAAUUACACAUGGCCUAGACUGAUAUGGAGCCUCAAACCGAAUUACAUGUGA